AUGCAAGCGAUUUGCAGCCAUGGCAGGCUCUGCUUCAAGCACUGCCACUCUCUCUCCGAUUCCUUCUCCAACUUCCUCUCUCCUUCUUCUUCACCCUCGCUUCUCCCUCAGAGAUGCCAUUCGUUCUGUAAUCCGAAGCUUAGUAGCGAGAAUAGCCGAGGAAGAAAUGCGAUGACAGUGAGAGCCUCAGGAGAAGAAGACUCUUACGAGAACUUUGCCCCGAUUGCUCCCGUUGAGCUUGAAUCUCCAGUUGGACAGCUCCUAGAGCAGAUUCUUAGAACUCAUCCUCAUCUCCUACACAUCACAGUCGAUCAACAGCUCGAGAAAUUAGCCACCGAUAACGAGUCUCUUAAAUCCGAAUCGUCUUCUUCACAAGACAUUCUCUCCAAGAGGAUAUCUGAAGUUAGAGAUAAGGAAAAACGGAAAACAUUAGCGGAGAUCAUUUACUGUUUAGUGGUACAAAGAUUUGUGGAGAAAGAGAUCUCAAUGAUCCCUCGGAUCAAACCAACUUCAGAUCCAGCAGGACGUGUAGACUUAUGGCCAAACCAAGAAGAGAAGCUCGAAGUCAUCCACUCCGCGGAAGCAUUCGAGAUGAUACAGAGCCACUUGUCCUCCGUCCUCGGAGACCGAACCGCCGUCGGACCUCUGAGCUCGAUCGUUCAGAUAAGCAAGAUCAAGCUCGGGAAGCUCUACGCUGCUUCUGCGAUGUAUGGCUACUUCUUGAGAAGGAUUGACCAGAGAUACCAGCUCGAGAGAACCAUGAACACGCUUCCGAAACGGCCUGAGAGAACCAGGGAACGGUUCGAGGAACCUUCGCCUCCGUACCCGUUAUGGGAUCCGGAUUCUUUGAUCAGGAUCCAGCCGGAGGAGUAUGAUCCGGAUGAGUACGCGGUAGAGAGGAAUCGAGAUGAGUCGUCUGAUUAUGGGUUGAGGUCUUACGUUACGUACUUGGACUCGGAUACGCUUCAGAGAUAUGCGACGAUACGGUCUAAAGAAGCCAUGACUCUGAUUGAGAGGCAGACGCAGGCGCUCUUUGGGAGACCGGACAUAAGGAUACUUGAGGAUGGGAAGCUUGAUACGUCGAAUGAUGAGGUUCUGUCUCUGAGUUUCUCUGGACUUGCGAUGUUGGUUUUGGAAGCUGUGACUUUUGGGUCGUUCUUGUGGGAUGCAGAGAGCUACGUUGAGUCUAAAUACCAUUUCCUCAAGGCUUGA